AUCUGCUGGCGAGGUUUUUAUUUAUCUCUCGCUCCAAAAAGUCGACGAAACUCUCCACCGGAGGCGCUGUUUUACGCCGUCGGCGAAGCUAUUUGAUUUGCUGGAGGUCUGUUGAUGAUAGUGCUCUCUGCCUAUUUCUCGAAGGAAUAAAAAUAAUCCACCUUUUCUCCUUUAGCAAUCAGGAUGAACGAAGUUAGCAAGCAAAAGGAUAACCCUGAUGGACAUGAAAAGCAUGUAAAUGAAGGAUCUGCCGCUCGAACAAGACCUACAACCGUCGAGGAGAUUAUGCUGAGGAGGAAGAGGAAAGAGUCCUUGGAAAAUGUGAAGGAGAAAACUGUAGGAGCAGCUCAGUUACCGGUUAAAGAUCUUGUUGAGAAGGCUUCUGACUAUCAUGAGUCUGGAAAAAGGUAUGAUACAUCCAAGAAAGUGAGUCGUGAAGAACGAGUUAAGAAGAGUUCAAGAAAGAAAGAAGACACUAUUUUCAGUUCUAGGGAAGAAAGACUAGAUAAACCGAUGAAAGAGGACCCUGUGGGAGCAGUUCAGUUACCCGGUAACGAUCUUGUUGAGAAGGUUCCUGAUUGUCAUGUGUCUGAAAAAGUCUAUGAUAGAUCCGAGAUACUAAGCCAUGAAGAGCUUGUUAACGACAGUUCAAGAAAGAAAGAAGAGGUCAUUUCUAGUUUUAGAGAAGAAAGACUAGAUAAAACAAUGAAAGAGGACCCUGUUGAAGCAGCUCAGUUACUCGGUAACGAUCUUGUUGAGAAUGUUUCUGACUAUCAUGAAAAAGGGAAUGAUAGGUCAACGACAAUAAGGCUUGAAGAAAGUGUGAAGGACAGUUCAAGAAAGAAAGAAGAUGUCGCUUCUCGUUCUAGGGAAGAAAGAUUAGAUGACCCAGUGAAAGAGGACCCUGUUGGAGCAGCUCAGUUACUGGGUAACGAUCUUGUGAAAAAGGUUUCUGAUAAUCGUGCAUCUAGAAAAGAGCUUGAAAGAUCUAAGAAAGUGAGUCGUGAAGAACGUGUUAAGGACAGCACAAGAAAGAAAGAAGAUGCCGCUUCUGGUUCUAAGGAAGAAAGAGUAGAUAAACCAAUGAAAGAGAACCCUCAGUUACAUCGAAACGAUCUUGUUGAGAAGGUUCCUAACUAUCAUGCGUCUGAAAAAGAGCAUGAUAGAUCCAAGAAAGUUAGGCGUGAAGAGCGCGUUAAGGAUAGCUCAAGAAAGAAAGAAGAAGCCAUUUCUGGUUGUAGAGAAGAAAGAUCAAUGAAAGAGGUUCCUGUGGGAGCAGGUCUAUUACUGGGUAACGAUCUUGUUGAAAAGGUUUCUGACUAUCACGAGUCUGAAAAAGGGUAUGAGAGAUCCGAGACAUUGAGGCGCGAAGAGCGUGUUAAGGAUAAGUCAAGAAAGAAGGAAGAAGCCAUAUCUAGUUCUAGAGAAGAUAGACUAGAUAAACCAACAAAAGACGAGGAGCCUGCUACAAAUAGAAAACGUAAGGCUGAAGGAGAGUGCUCUACUGCUGAAACCAAAUUAGCAGAAGAACAUUUUAAGGAUAGUCAAAGAAAGAAAGAAGAAACUAAUUCUAGCUGUAGAGAGGAAAGACUAGAUAAAAAGAUGAAGAGGGAAGACCGUGCUACAAACAGAAAAAUAAGGGUUGAAAGAGAAUUCCCUACAACUGAAAUAAAAAUGACAGAUAGAGAUGGGCUUGGUGUGGAUACCAAAAUUAAGGCGAAAAGAGAAAGCACUGCUGCAAAGACAAGUGGAACAGGCCGCGAACAGGCAAGAAGUGCUCUUGAAAGUUUACCUGGUAGUAGGAAACGUCUUAGAAGUCUAGUGGUGGCAGAAAUACCUCGAGAUGAACAUAGCAUGAAACCUGACGAUGGAAAUAAGAGAGCGAAUCAAAAUGGAGAUCAUAUGAAGAAUAGGGAGAGCGAUAUGUCAAGGACGCAUGAUCCAGCAAAAGUGCACAGUGUUGAAGUUUCGGAGCGAUGGGAGAAAAAGGAACAUCCAAAAUCGAAUCAACGUAACAUGAGAGAGAAAAGAAGGAGAUCAAGAAGUCGAGAUCAUGGGCAGGAUAGACAGAAAAGGUCAUCCCCCUUACCAAGGGCUGAAAAGGCUACAUCACGUCAUAAAAGAGACCAUGAGGAGCGCUCGGAAAAUAUUAUUAAAGAUAGGCCGGGACAGCAUCAUUUUAAAGAUCAUGAAAACAAAGUGGCAAGCACAGUAAAUAACAAGUCUAGACGGUAUAGCUCUUCAAAAAGUGAACUUGGUGGAUAUUCACCACGGAAAAGAAGGGAGGAGGCCUCUGCCAAGGCUGCUUCUCCACUUACUCUUCCUUCUGAUAAACAAAGUGCUAAAUGGGAUCUUGCACCUACUGUACCUGCUGGCAUGCUCUCGGGCUCAGUUUUUUCUGGUCUCCAAGCAGCAACUCAGACACCAUAUCCUAUCAUUAGUGAGGCUUCCUUGACACUUUUGAAGCCACUUAUGGAGGCAUCUUUAAGGACGCCACCAGCAAGGCAGACCACUUCAGUUGAUUCUGUUCAACUGACCGAAUCCACCAGGCGUUUGAGAAGACUCUAUGCAGAGAAUGUGCCGGAUUCAGCCUCUGAGAAGUCUCUGAUCGAAUGCUUCAAUAGCUAUAUGCUAUCUUCAGGCUCCAAUCACAUAAAAGGAAGCGAACCAUGUAUAAGCUGUAUUAUAAACAAGGAAAAAAGCCAGGCGCUAUUGGAGUUCCUUACACCACAGGAUGCUUCUGCUGCACUCUCCCUGGAUGGCUACUCCUUUGCGGGUUCGAACCUCAAAAUUCGACGCCCUAAAGACUAUGUCGAGUCAACAAGCGGUGAAUUGGAGAAAAAGGAGCCAGCCACAAAUGCACUUACUGACAAUGUGGAGGACUCAUCGAACAAGAUCUUUAUUGGCGGAUUCCCAAAAGCAAUUUCAUCUGAAAUGCUAAUGGAGAUUGUCAGCGUCUUUGGACCUUUGAAAGCAUACCGGUUUGUGGUCAACAGUGAUCUCAAUCAGCGAUGCGCUUUCCUAGAGUACACUGAUGGAUCUGUUACCCUGAAAGCUUGUGCUGGCCUUAAUGGUAUGAAGUUAGGUGGCAGUGUAAUAACUGCCGUUUGUGCACUUCCUGAUGCAUCAUCCGUUGCGGUGAAUGAGAAUCCACCAUUUUAUGGGAUACCUGAGCAUGCAAAACCACUUCUUGGCAAGCCUAAGCAUAUACUAAAGCUUAAUAAUGUGGUUGACCCAGAAGUUCUUCCUUCGCUUUCCGAGCCAGAAGUGAAAGAAAUUCUGGAGGAUGUACGGUUAGAAUGUGCCAGGUUUGGGGUAAUUAAGUCGAUAAACAUCGUGGAACACGAGAUCAAAGAUAUUAGUGGUUCCAAAACAGAUGCAUCGUUGAACCCAGAAUCUAAAGUAAUGAAUGUGUCAGUGAUUGAGGAGAAAGACGAGGGAUCCACGAAAGCGGAUGAUAUUGUAGACAACGUAGAUCCGGGAGAGGCUGUCAGGCCAGAAAGUUGUACGGGUGAAGACAAGUUAUCUGAACCAUGCUCAGAUACUGCCACUGAGAUAAACACUCCAGCAAAUGAAGACCAUGCCUCCACUGAACCAGACCAUUGUGAAAAAGUUGUUGGAGAAAGUGCACAGGACGAGGCAGAGAAUGUACAAGAAGUAGGAUCAUCUCGUGCACAUGAUGAGACAGAGAUUCCGCAAGAAGAAGUGGGAUCAGGGCGUGCCGUGAAGACCAGAUGGGAUGCUGGGGACAAGAUGGAGGAAGAAGAAGACCCCAAGGAUGUGUUUGAGCCUGGCUGUAUCUUCAUUGAGUACAGAAGACCAGAAGCCACGCGUGAUGCAGCUCAUUCGUUGCACGGAAGGCUCUACGAAAACCGGAUAGUGAAAGCGGAAUAUGUUUCUAAAGAGGUUUACCAAAUCAGGUUCCCAAGUGGGUAAUAAUCAUCCACCCUCCCACUAAAAGUGACUAGUCUCUGAUUCAUAUUAUUUUGACCACAUACCGGUUCAAAUCGGGUUCAGAGAUACAUUAGCAUCAAAGAUUUAGAACCCUUUAAAGAAUCUCUUUGUAAUCGUUGGAUUUGAUCAGGUUGGUUUUUCAUCACCACCUGUGUCUAGUUACUUUUAUGAAUUCGAUAAUCUUA